UGCAGGAAUCAACUUCCUCACAAAGCUCAGGUCACGCAAAAAGAAUUGAAGAAUCAGGACAUAAAGUAAAUCCACUUGCUAUUGCCAGCCCGGUAAAAAGCAACCCUAUAGGUACUACUGGCAGGGUGGUGUUUCCAAUAUCUGUGUUCGGAUCUUCGGAGGGUGUCUGUCACGCGAGCAGGCUGCGGCCAGGGCGCCUGGCACUGGGCGGGCCAGUGCGCGGCUGGGCGGCUGGCGCGGAGGGCGGGACACGCAGCUUGGCUGGAGAUACUGACACGAUGCCGUUGCCUGCAAGAGAGGGUUUGACUACGCCGAGGAGCGCUCGGACUCCGAUAGGCAGGAGGACAUCCACGCUGCCACAUCAGCGUUUGAAGAAGGAGAAAUCGUUGGAUAGUCCACCGGAAAUGGAUUCACCAGUCGGAAGUCACACCAUAGACUUACGCAGGCAGAAUGAAGAACUUCGUGCCAGAUUGGCUGGUGAAGCAGCUGAUCACAAACGUAGACUCGAUGCUUACCGUCGAGCUCAACAAGGGCAAGCUGCAUUGGUUUCAAGACUUCAGUCAAAGGUUCUCCAAUACAAACAGCGAUGUUCGGAGCUGGAAACCCAGCUGGAGUCGACUCCUCGCAGCGAGGUAUCAUCGUACCGGGCCGGGCCGAGCCGCGCGGCGCCCGCUCUCCCCGCCGCCUGCGCCGCCGCCGCCGCCGCCGCCGCUGAGAGGAUCGAGGAUCUGGAGACGGCGCUGCGCCGUCUGGAUGAGGAGAAACGCAAGUGUGAGAAACUGGUAGCACAGAACAACUCUCUCCGCGAUCAGCUCGAGGAGUCCCACCAGCUGAACGAGGCACUCACCAAUGACUUGCAGAAGCUGACCAACGACUGGGAGGGGCUGCGGGACGAGAUGUCCUUCAAGGAGGAUGAGUGGAAGGAUGAGGAACAGGCCUUCAACGAAUACUACACCGGCGAGCACAACCGCCUCCUCAACCUGUGGCGCGAGGUGGUCUCGGUCAAGCGGCACUUCUCCGACCUGCAGACCAGCACGGAGCGGGACGUGCUGCGCAUGAAGAGUGACCUGGAGUCCGCUGCUAGAGAGCUGGUGGGGACAUUGAGCGGGUACUCUAUACAUGCGCUUGCUAGUCAGGGGAUGAAGGGCAUCCAACCCGACGCCUCCACCCCCCACCCCGCGCUCCCAGGCCUCCCCGCCACCCCCGCGGCCCUCGAGUCUCUGCGAGUAGAGCUGAGGAACACCAGCUCGCAGCGCGACGCGGCCGCGGCGGAGCUGCGCGAGCGAGACAGCAGGAUACAGAAGCUUCUAGUGGAACUGCAGGGAUUGGAGGAGCGCUGCGAAAGGGCCGAAGUGAUGUGCGCGGAAGCGAACAUCACACGCUCAGCUCUGGAAGAUAUCGCGCGAGCGCUCAUACAGGACUCUGAAGCUGACGCAGCUCCGUCGCACAACCUGCUCCUCUCUGACAGGUCACCUAAACGAGCUGUGUCUCAAGCGGCCGCGACAGCCUUCGCCGAGAGCACGAUCUCCGCCGUUCAAGCUGCUCUGCACAAGUACCAGAUACAGAUACACGAGCUGCAGGUGAAACUACAAAACAGCAGAGAGCAGUUGAUGUCCAGCAGGAAGCACUGUGAGACGGCGGACGCCACUGUCGCCUCCUUGGAGCACAAACUACGUGAACUUACCAACAAGCUAGACGAAGCGAACGCGGACAUCAACCAGCUGACGCAGGAGAAGGACUCUCUGCAGAAGAACGUGGAGUCUCUGCGAGCUGAUAAGAACAACCUGGAGAGGAACCGCCUUGAAGUUAAUGCUAUGGUGGAGAGUCUCUCAUCAGACUACGAGAAGCUGCAGAAGAUAAACGGCCGUCUGGAGAAGACAAUAGAGUCGCUGGAGAACGAGAAGAAGAACUUGCAGGGAGAGAUCGACCAACUGCACCGGGAAGCCGCUAAUAGGGAGUCUGUUCUCAGGGCGGAAGAGGAGCAAUCAUCGCAACUCCGCAGCUCGCUAGCCCGCGUGCGGUCCGAGCUGCACGCGAGUUCGCUGUGCCGGGACCUGCUCGAGCAACAGCGGGACGAGGCCGCCGCGCUCCGACACCAGGCCGUGACACACAACAACGAGCUGCAAUCGGAGCUAGAACGCGUGUUAGCUGAGCGGACCGAGCUGCAAGCUUUGGCUGACCGGCUGCAGGCCGCGCUGAGGACCCUGGAGGACGAGCAGAGGACACUGCUGGACGAGAACAAACGGCUAGAAGAAGAGAAAUCGUCGAUCAGCAACCAGUCGUCCGACCAGUUGGGCGAUCUCAACUCUCUUCGCAAAGAGAUAGUGUCGGCUGAGCAACAUCGGAUGGACUUGGAGGCCGACAAGGCGUCUCUGCAUGAGAAGAUCAAGUUUAUGGACGCGGAUAGGGAGAAACUCGAGAUGGAGUUGCGACAGGUUGUCAGAGACCGCGGCGAGCUAACCUCCCAGCUCACAGCCAUGGCUCGUAAGAAGGAUACACUCAAUGAAGAGAUAAUGCGCUUGCAACAGAGAUUGGAGCAGGCUAACGAGACCAUAGGCCGGCUGAAUAGAGCCUUGGAGGAUCAUGUGAAGGAUGGGGAGGAGAAACAGAUCCUAAUAGACACGCUAGACAAAGACAAGCAACACCUAGCGGAACAACUAGCCGCAUUGCGCAGUGAGAAGGAUGCACUGGAAGCGACGCUAUUCGACACUUGCACGCUAUUGGAGGAGGCUGAUGCGGCGCGCAAGAAGCUGCAGAAAGAGACGCAUGCGCAGGCCGUGUUGAGCAAGGGUCAAAUAGACAACCUGACCCGCGACCUGGAAGCCACAGAGAAGAAGCUCCGCGACACCCGCAGCAGCCUGCAGCAGCAGUCGGGCAAGAAGGAGGCGGAGUACCAGCAACUCAUCGCCAACAUCAACCGCUCCUCCGCGGAGAACAUCACCAAGCUCAAGGAGGAAAAGGAGCAACUCCGCCAAGCGCUAGAGCAGAAGCUCAGCCAAACUAUAAUCGCACUGACGAGCGAGAAGGAAGGCGUGGAGGCGGGCGCGAGGGAGCGGGAGAAGAAACUUCUAGCGGCGCGAGACGCCAUGAUAUUGCAACAUGAUGAGGCGCUGUUGAGGGCUGAGAAUGACAAGCAACAGGCGUUGCUUAUGGCCCACCAAGAGCACCAAGCCAUUCUAGAGCGUCUAGAAGAGUCCAACCGAGCUCUAGACAUAGAGCAGAACAAGCUAGAGCGCAUGCGUCGCGACGCGCAGGCCAGGGCUGAUCAGGACAGGAACACGGCUAAUCAGCUGAAGGACGAACUGGCUAAUAUGAAGGCCAGGCUUGAGGAGGCUAAGGCAGCAGCAGAAGAUGAAAGUCUUCGGUACGAGAACCGAAUCAAAGAGCUGCAUCUCGAGAAGGAGGCCGUGAACAGAGAAUGCACGGAGAUCCGAGCUCAACUAGCACUGGCUGAAGACAAGUUCGAUACUACCCUCGCGCAACUGCACGAGACUGUCAGGAAACUGAAGGAAUUGGAGAACGAAUCCGACAGUCUCCGCAAAGAACUCACCGACGUCCGCCGUCAACUGAGCAACUGCAGUGCGGAGAGAGACAAGUACAACAGCAGUUGCCGCGAGCUGAGAGAGCACGUGAAGAGAGCGGAGGCGGAGAGACGCGACACCGCGAGAGCGCUGGAUGACGCCUUCCAGAAGAUUGCAGCGCUAGAAGAAACCCGCACCUCACUAGAACUCGAACGCACGCGUCUCCAGAACCAGCUGAAAGAAUCUGAAAGCGGCGGCGAACACAUCACUAGAGAGCUGAAGACUGUCGAGGCUCAACUGAAGCGGGAGCGGGCGGCGCUGCAGCAGGCGCAGCAUGAUGCCAAGGAGUUGCAGUCCAGGCUCCAAAACGAGUGCGAAGAGCGCGAGCGCUGCGCCGCCGACGCGGGCGCCGCGCGACGUCACGCGGCCGAGCUGGAGGCCAUGCUGGGCUGUGCUCGAGGGGAGCUGGCCGCGGCCCGGCAGCGCGCCGCUGAGCUGGGCGACGCUUGCAGUGCUAGGGACCAGGAGUUGGUACUACGCAUGGAGGACUGUCGCUCGAAGGAGCGUCGUCUAGAAGAGCUGAAGCACAACUUGGAGGUGUGCCUCGCUGAUGCAACUCAACAGAUACAGGAGUUGAAGGCCCGUCUCGGCGGGAGCGAAGGCCGUUGCCGCGCUCUCGAAGCUUCCUUAGCCCAUCUGGAAGCAGGCAAGCGCGACGUGGAAGCGAAACUGAGCUCUAUCGCGCACACAUUACGUCGCAUUUGCGGUGUCCACCCCGACGGGUCGGUGCAGGCGGCCGCUCGACGCCGAUUGGCCAGUCCGGCCAGGAGAUACAGUCCGCAUAGGGGUCGCGACCACUCAGAAGACCGUAACGACAUAAUCGACGUGGACCCCGACCUGAUCAAGAAGGGGGUUCGCAACCUCAUGCACGAGGUGUGCCAGAUCGAGCGGGAGAAGGACGACUACAAAUCCCAGCUGGCGGAGUUCAAAAAGCAACUCAAAGAGCAGCAGGGUAAAGGCGACAAUAAGAUACAGUCGGUGACUGCCAGUCUUAGAAACGUUCAAGAGGAGAAGGCUCGACUACAGAGCGCCGUCGCCGCUAAAGAUGCUCAGAUUAAUGCACUGAAUGAAUCCGUCCAAACGAAGUCUGUGGAGAUCAGCACUAUAAGGGACAAGGUCACCAGCCUCGAAGCUUCUCUCACCUCUAUUUCUGAGGAGAAACUGCAAUUUGAGAACAAAGCGGAAUCCCUGCGCAUACAACUAUCCGAGCGGAUCCAAGAAGCCACAGAAUUACGCACCGCACUGCAGAGCUCAGAACAACGGUGCGCGCGCCUCGACGUGCGCAGAGCCUCGCUGGAGGGAGACCUGCAGAGAGCGAGGCAGCUGCAGGGCGAGCGAGCGAGGCAGAUGCAGCAACUUCAAGAGCGCUGCGACCAGGCCGCGAAAGCAAUCGCAUCGCUAGAAGACCGCUGCACGUCCCUGAAAGGAACAGUCGAACAACUAUCCACAUCUUUACAAAAAGCCGCCACAGCCGAAUCCGACCUACGCAGCGAAGUAAACCGCCUAACUAGACAACUAGCCGAAGCUAAGAACAACGAGAAUAACGCGGUAGAUAAGCUGAGACAGUUGCAGAAAUCCGUGACUAAUUGCGAGAAUGAGAAGCGGGUUUAUAGCGAGAAGCUGGAGAGUGCUAAGACAGCGCUUAGCGAGCUGAAACGGUUGAACGCGACGCUUGAAGAUCAAGUGCAUCGGUUGACCAAUCAGCUGGCUAAUGUUGAGGUUCAGAGGUCCGGGCUGGAGUCCCAGCUGCGCAUGACGACGUGGGACGGCAAGGAGAGCGUCGACAGCGAGCUGGAGAGAGAGCUGCAUGCGCUACAGAGAGAGCGAUCGGAGUUAAAAGCGAAAUGCGACGCCCUACAAGACACAGUGCGCAAGAUGGAGGCGGAGCGCCGCAUGAACUGCACCACCAUAAGGAGCAAGAGCCACGACAGGACUGAGAAGUCUGUCUACUACUCUGAUAUAGAUUCUGGCCCAGACUCGGCUAAAGACUCGUCGCGCUGCUACAAAGACUCGAUCCUGAAGCGCGAGCGACCGACCCACGACAAGUCAUUCUCGGCGGAGCUGAGCCUCUUGGAGAUAGAGAAUAGGGAGCUCAAGAUGAAGAUACGCAGGCUGGAGAAGGAACUCGCUGAUAAGGAAUCCGAGCUCUCACUCAUCCGCGACCGCUUCCUCAACGACUUAUCCACCACGUCCCCGCGACACGACGACGCGGAGAGGUACCGGCAGCUGCUGCAGGCGCGCGAGGCGAGCCACCGCCAGCUCGCGCGCAGCCUGGAGACCCAGGUGGCGCAACUCCGGCAGCAGCUCAACGCGGAGGUGCGCCGGCGGCAGGCCUACGUCAGCCGCAGCGGCCGCGCCGCCCGCGACGUGCAACGCCUGCGCGCCGCGCUCGGGGACUCGCUGUCUGCCGUCGCGCAGGAUCCAGCGCUGGACUCUUACACCCUGGAGCAUGAAGCAAGGAAGCUGGACAGCACACUAGCUCAUAGUCUACCGCCGCUCAACGACAGCUAUGACUCCUCCAAAUAGAAACACCUCCGUUACUGGCUAGAUGUAGAGCAAGUUAUGACGUCCCUCAUUUAGACGGGUAAUGUUUUGAUAACAACGCCAUCUUGUGGCGAAAUGUACAACUAGAAGAUGUUACUUUAGUAGGAAAUUACUGUUUUGGUGCAACGGUUAAUUAAUUAUGUUGUGUUUAUGAAAACACAAUAGUUAUUGCAUUGCACAAUUUGAUAGUUGUGCUUAAAUGCAAAGGAUUACGCAUUCGCAGUUAUUUACGGAUUAAUAACUCGUAAAGAAUUCAAAUAUAUUACCUAUUAGGUCACCAUAGAAUGAUGAUUCAUUAAAAUACUACUAACAGUACAAAAAUAAGGAAGUACCUAUCUAUACAAUAAGCGGAAAUGUUAAGCAUGUUGACCGUACUAUUUAUUUUGGCAUCGGGUUAAUCACUUAUUUAUUUAUAAGUAAAUAAAAAACAAAUAUGAAGGAAAUUUUGCAUACAUAAUUAUGCAAGUAAUCACGCAUAGUCUUUAUUGUCAUAAUAAUUAUGUACCUACUUACGUACCUAUAUCAAACGUACCGAUGUGCGUCAUGCUCACUACAAAUUUUGUAUGAAUACCUUAAAGGUGAGGUUUAAUUUCCACAAUCGAUUACUUUUUAAAAUGGGGA